AUGAAAAGUUCAGGAGUUAUUUUUGUGUGGAUAGGAUAAUAAUGAAGUGACAAGCCUCCACAGUUGUUUUUGCUUUAUAGCAUCUGUGCGAGCGCUCCAAUUGGGCCAAGCUGAAUUCUUCAUGGAUGGGUCGGCUGGCUAUAUUUAGAGAGCCACAGUUAUAUUGAAGAGGGCUCUGACUUGGCUGCCUGUAGUUCACCAUCUUCAGUGGUAAGGACAACCAGUGGUCGACUGCUCCGCUUUCAUUCACUUCCUGUCCUAAAAGAAUGGAUGCCCAAAGCCUGAGAGAAGAUCUCCGUCUGUUUCAGAGCACCCUGCUCCAGGAUGGACUCAAACAACUUCUGAAUGAGAAUAAGUUAAUUGAUUGUAUCCUAAAAGUUGGAGAUAGAAGCAUCCCCAGCCAUCGGCUCAUUCUGGCAGCGUGCAGUCCAUAUUUCAGAGAGCUCUUCUCAGAGGAUGGCAAAGAGGUGGACAGAAAGGAGCUUGUUCUGGAGGACCUUGAUCCUAGCAUUAUGGAGCUGAUUGUGAAUUAUCUGUACUCGGCUGAGAUAGACAUCAAUGAUAAUAACGUUCAGGAUAUUUUGUCUGUUGCCAAUCGCUUCCAGAUCCCCUCAGCUUUCACCAUUUGUGUAAAUUAUCUGCAGAAGAAUGUGACCAGGAAAAGCUGCCUCGCCAUCUACAGACUAGGACUGAUGCUGGACUGUGCCAGGCUGGCGAUGUCAGCUAGAGAUUAUAUCGCUGAUCGCUUUGAGACCAUCAGCAAAGACGACGAGUUCUUAGAGCUUGGCCCACAUGAGCUUUUUGCCAUCAUUGGAGCGGACGCCUUAAAUGUUGAAAAAGAAGAGGUCGUAUUCGAGUGUCUCAUGAAGUGGAUCAAAAAAGACAAAGAGAAGCGCACAAAGUUCUUGGAAGAAGCUUUCGAGUACGUUCGUUUCCGUCUGCUUCCAGAGAAGUACUUCAAGGAAAAAGUGGAAAAUGACGAGCUGAUGAAAGCCAAUCCUGAGCUUCUCAAAAAGAUGAAAGUCAUCAGGGAUGCGUUUGCUGGGAAGUUACCUGAGAAGAAAAUGGGGCAAGGUGAUGCUGAGGGAGAGGAGGCCAAGCUUCCGGGUUACCUGAACGAUGACCGCAGGUAUGGCAUGUAUGCCAAAAACAUGAUUCUCAUGAUUAACGACACUGCUGCCGUGGCCUAUGACGGCCAGGAGAACGAAUGUUUUCUGGUAGCCAUGGCUGAGCAAAUCCCCAAAAAUCAUGUCAGCCUCACAUCUAAGAAGAACAAUUUGUAUGUGGUGGGAGGGCUGUUUGUAGAUGAAGAGGAAAAAGAAAAUCCCCUGCAGUGUUACUUCUAUCAGGUAGAAAAACUCAAAGUCAAACUGAAUGCUUGCCCCCCCUUUUAUUUUAACAUAUCUUGUUUUCAGCUGGACAGUCUUGCUGCUGAAUGGAUGGCUCUGCCACCCAUGCCUUCACCCAGGUGUCUGUUUGGCAUGGGUGAAUUUGAGAACGUCAUCUUUGUUGUAGCAGGAAAAGAUUUACAGUCCAAUGAGUCUCAUGAUACCGUCAUGUGCUACAACACAGAAAAAAUGAAGUGGACAGAAACAAAAAAGCUGCCGGUAAAAAUCCACGGCCACUGUGUGGUUUCUGAGAACAGCUUGGUGUAUUGUGUUGGAGGGAAAACUGACGAAAAUAAAGCAACCAAUAAGAUGUUUGCAUACAACCACAAGAAGUCCGAGUGGAAAGAGGUUGCUUCCAUGAAGACACCAAGAUCCAUGUUUGGAGCAGUUCUCCACAAAGGAAAGAUUAUCGUUGCUGGAGGAGUCACUGAAGAUGGCCUGACCUCUACAUGUGAAGCCUAUGACUUUGGAACCAACAGGUGGUCACCUUUUACUGAGUUUCCCCAGGAGAGGAGUWCAAUUAACCUGGUCAGCUGUGGUGGGCUUCUGUAUGCUAUAGGAGGCUUUGCCAUGGUGGAGAACGACAACAAGGAGUGCGCUCCUACUGAGAUCAUUGACAUUUGGCAGUAUGAAGAAGACACAAAACAGUGGACCGGCAUGCUCAGAGAGAUGCGUUACGCAGCCGGAGCCUCGUGUGUCUCCAUGCGCCUAAAUCCAGCCAAAAUGCCCAAACUGUAACCAAGAUUGUUGAGAAUUUUAUGUAAGUUUUAUUUAGCUGAUUAUUGUSACAUUCAUUUCGGAUACAUUUAGUUUUAGUGAAAGGGACAUUUUUUAGUCAAUAAUUCUCUCAUGAAAUAAAAUUUAAAGGGUU